AUUAACCUUUUUUUUUGCUUUAAAAAAGAAUAAAAAUGUAUUAAACAUUUUAAGACGACAAAAUAGCAUAGAAGCUAGAACAAAAACUUGAAAAGUCCUCGUUGCUUUCGACAUAAUUCUAAAAUAAACCCUGCAUGGAUCACGUCUAUAAAAUGCGACCUAAACCAGCGGAACAGUAGUUUGAAAAGAAAGUUUGAAACGCCUGAGGAGUCUGAACUGAAAUAAUUUUAACGAUGGAAUCGGGCUCAAAACUCGAGGAAUUAAAUUUAACUUCGGAUGAAAUCGACCGCUUCAGCAAAGCCUUCAAGGAUGAGAAAUUCAGGGAGAUGUUGAAGGAAUAUGCAGAAGAAAUCUCAAAUCCGGAGAACAGAAAGAAAUAUGAAGAAGAAAUAACGAUGAUGGAGCAGGAGAGGGGCAUGGAUAUACAGUUUAUUCACCCCAAGCCGUGUCGCGUCCUGAAGACGAGCGUGAGGGGUGAACAGAAAUGUUUUAUCAAUAUCUGUAGCAACGAGUUGAUCGCUAAGCCUGAGUGUAAGCCUGGAAAGGGGAGCGACGAUAAAUUGGGACAGCACUGGUCUCUCCCUUACAGUCUAGCACCGGGAAGGCAAGAUCUGGACUCGAAAGGCAACCGACACAUGAUAUACGAUGUCGUAUUCCACCCAGAUACACUUUAUAUUGCCGGGAAAAACGAGAGAUUUAUGAAAUUAGUAGACAGAACCGCGAUGGAAGGCAUCCAGAAACAGUUCAACGUCAAACUAGAUGAAAGAAAUGUCAAGGUAUUAAAAAUGAAGUACAAGGGGGUUCCCCACCCGGCGGUGAUUCGUAAGCCUCUGCACGGGCAUCCGGUUAAAGAAACGGAACCGGUGAACCCGAAUGAUCCUUUACAGUUCCCAUAUCCUUACGACAAAAAAGGAAACACUGCUCAAGAAGAUAACACUGUGAUCAGAGAAGAAAAAUUAGACUACAUCAAACCGGCACCCAACCAAAGCAAUGAGCCCACUGAACCCCGUUACACGAUUAAGUACAGGUCAUACAUUGAUUUACAAGAUUACACGUGCUCCCGCGACACUGCUCCCGGCCCUCGACCCAAAGAGAUCGUGAUCACCGUUGACCUGCCUCUUCUGAAGUCGGCAGCGGAUGCAGAGUUGAACGUAACGGAAAAACAGUUCUUGCUGGAGUCCAAGAAACCAGCGUAUAGACUGGUAGUGACUUUACCUUAUCCCAUUGACGAAAACCAAGGGGAAGCCAAGUUCGUUAAGCUGAAAAAACAGCUGGUCGUUACUUUAACUGUGUUGCCACUGAAGCGGCCGACCACAGCCCAGAUGAACACUCAUCUGGUCGGUGAAACUCUGUGUGGAAAGGACAGGUUCGAAGAUCUCGAACCCGGCAGCGCUGAAAAGGCCGAGAACGAAACACUGGCCGACGACCUUGUAAAACAGCAGGAGACCAACGUGAUGCAAAGCCCAGCUACACCUGUCUCGCCAAAGUCUCAACCGAAAGAACUUGACCCGUCUGAAGGCGUAGACAUCAUUCCUGAACCGAUAGCGACUGAUACUCAAAAGGGAAGUGGAGGAAGCAUCUAUUGUCUGCAAAGCAGUAAAUCAUGCUGUCCAAACGAUGCUUCACAAUCCACGGACCACACCUGUGAUGACCAACUCGCAACGGAGACAAACCCAUCCAAUGAUGAAUUAUUCAGAGAAGAGAGGGAUGCUGACAUGUCUCAUCAAUCUCGGGAUGAGGAUAAUAAUAUACCAGAGGAAACUGCAAAUGCUGCCUGUGUCAUUCUCUCCAGUGUGGACAGCAGUGUGAGAGAUGAGCCCUCAUCUCCAGAAGCUGUUAUUCAAGAGAUGGAGAAAGAGACCAACACGCAUGCAGCAGUAAAAAGAAAACAGAUCACUACCUGCCAUACAGCAUGUGAGCCUGUCUGCAGGUUUGCACUUAACAAGGGCAAUAGCACAGAGCAAACGAGACCCGCCUCAGUCAAACAGGCUACAAUGAAACAUUCAGAGACCGUAGGCAGUGAUCUGAAUCCCAGUGCUCCUUGCUCAGAUAGCAAAGAGGUACCUUUUACUGCUUUGAAGACAGCAGGCACACCCGUUGCCACUGGCAUAGGGCAAAGAGCUAGCAGAACUGCGCAUUUUAAAGAGGAGUCUGGAGAACGAGAUGGAAAUGAGCUUGAUGAGGAUGAUCUACUGACAGAGCAGAAGAAUGAGUUCAUGGACAGUGAACCAGCACCAGCUAUCAUUAGGGAAAUUAACCCUACAGAUGGCACUGUGGAGGUUCUUAAUAAUCACACCACUUCGGCUAGAUUCUCAUUUCUGAACUCCCUUUUAUAUGAGCUGGACUGAUGCUGUUCAUUAUACAGUCCCCAUGAUAAUUGCUACUUCUCCAUUCCCCUUUAUUAGUCAGAAAAAUAAACUGUUUGCAACACGUAGUCAAAACAUCUAAUUUGUUACACAGCAAGUACGGUAUUGAACAACAAGCCAUCUAUUUCUGUGUGUAGUACUAAACAUUGUGGAUAGGUUGCAAAAAGUCCUCUAACUAUAUACGUAAACAUAUUUCCUUAAUAGAAACUGCGGGUUAACAUCAUAUAAGUAUGCAUCUUACUGAUAUGCAGUGUUAAACUUUUAGGUUUCCUGUGACAGUUAAUGAAUGUGUGGGUUCCUUUCUUUUUUUAAUCUAUUUCUGAAACAGCCACAGGAAAACACUUCAAGCAUUCCACUAAAUUUAGAAGUCAUUAGCCAUUGUAGGCGUUCUCUACCUUGUGAAGAAUAUUGUAUUAAAUAAUCUGUUUAUUUCA